UGUUUUGUUACCAGUCAGUGGUCGUGUAUGGUAGGCUAGCAGCUCGACCUGUUAGUCCUCGGCUCACAUCGCAGUGGUCGGGCGUUCCUUCUCAUGUUUACUCCGCCUGUUAGUUCAACUUUAUUUCAUUAAAACGUCCAGAACCGUCGCCCGUAUAUGGACACACGGGUAGCAGACCUCUUCGGAACAUGUUCCGGGUGUAAAUCGACUAUACAGGGCGUGGGCUCUUGUUUAAAUUACGGAAUUAUGGCUUCCAAAAAGGUUUGUAAGAGUGGAAAGAAAACAAAGAGUCGGUCUACGCGGCAGUUUAAACCCAGCAACAAUCCACCAUACCUACCUCCAGAGGCUGAAGAGGGAAACAUAGAAUACAAGUUGAAGCUGGUGAACCCCACGCAGUACCGCUUUGAGCACCUGGCGACGCAGAUGAAGUGGCGUCUGCAGGAAGGCAAAGGGGAGGCGGUGUACCAGAUCGGGGUGGAGGACAACGGGAUGGCGGUGGGCCUGCCGGAGGAAGACAUGAGGGCCUCGCUCAAAACACUGCACAGGAUGGCCGAGAAGGUAGGGGCUGACAUCACCGUCCUCACAGAGCGAGAGGUGGACUACGACUCUGACGUACCUCACAAAAUCGCAGAAGUCCUAAUUAGGAAAGUUCCCGACGACCAACAGUUUUUGGACCUCCGGGUAGCAGUGCUUGGAAACGUUGAUUCUGGCAAAUCAACACUGCUGGGCGUGCUAACGCAAGGGGAGCUGGACAACGGACGGGGGAGAGCACGGCUAAACCUCUUCAGACAUCUUCACGAGAUCCAGACAGGGCGAACGUCCAGCAUCAGCUUCGAGAUCCUGGGCUUCAAUAGCAAAGGAGAGGUGGUGAAUUACAGUGAGUCGCGGACCGCUGAGGAGAUAUGCGAGAGUGCCUCCAAGAUGAUCACCUUCAUCGACCUGGCCGGUCAUCACAAGUACUUGAAGACCACCAUCUUUGGCCUCACCAGCUACUGUCCAGACUUCGCAAUGCUGGUGGUCGGCGCAAACACAGGCAUUGCGGGCACGACGCGUGAGCACCUGGGUCUGGCGAUGGCCCUGAAGGUGCCGAUCUUCAUCGUGGUGAGCAAGGUGGACCUGUGCACGCGGGCCACCGUGGAGCGCACCCUGCGGCAGCUGGAGCGCGUCCUCAAGCAGCCGGGAUGCAACAAGGUGCCCAUGCAGGUCUGCAACGCCGACGACGCCGUCUCCGCAGCGCAGCAGUUCGCACAGUGCCCCAGCAUUACGCCCAUCUUCACCUUGUCCAGCGUGUCCGGUGAGAACCUGGACCUGCUGAAGGUGUUCUGCAAUAUCCUUCCCCCACUCAGCAACAGCAAAGAGCAGGAGGAACUCAUGCAGCAGCUGACCGAGUUUCAGGUGGAUGAGAUCUACACAGUUCCUGAUGUGGGAACCGUCGUUGGAGGAACUCUUUACAGUGGUAUCUGUCGCGAGGGCGAGCAGCUGGUUGUGGGUCCGACGCAGGAGGGAGAGUUCAAGAGGCUGACGGUCUGCAGCAUCCAGAGGAACCGUCUGGCGUGCCGAGUACUGCGCGCUGGACAGGCCGCCACCCUGGCACUGGGGGACUUCGACCGCUCCAUACUUCGAAAGGGCAUGGUGAUGGUGAGCCCGGAGAUGAACCCCACCAUCUGCUGGCUGUUCGAGGCGGAGAUCGUGCUGCUGUUCCACGCCAAGACCUUCCACAGGGGCUUCCAGGUGACCGUCCACGUGGGCAACGUCAGACAGACGGCCACAGUGGAGGCCCUGCAAGGGAAGGAGGAGCUCCGCACCGGCGAGAAGGCGGUGGUACAGUUCAAAUUCAUCAAGCACCCAGAAUACCUGAAGGUGGGGGCGAAGCUGCUGUUCAGAGAGGGAGUCACCAAAGGCAUCGGCCAGGUCACCAGACUGCACCCAGUGAAGGCCUAACAUCCUCCACCAGGUCGCCAGACUGCACCCAGUGAAGGCCUACUGUAACUUCCUCGGCUGAAGAUACUAUGGAGGGAGGGCUAGCCAGUGACACGCUUGUUCGUAGCACAUGCUGCAGAAUGUUCCUUUUUUCCCUCUUUAUUUUCUUCUCUCUCGUCACUUUGGCACAGAAAAGAAAAAAAACGGACUGGUACCGUUUUUUUUUUUUUAUGCUUCCCAGUUCCCACAUCACUCUUAAAAUACCUCGGCAGUGUCUUCUUGCCAGCUAUAUUAUUUCAAGAUCAGUUCGUUUUGAGGUACUCUUUUUAUAUACUUGGUGCUGACAAAGUUGUACUGUUCGUUCACUGUUAAAGAAUGCCAUCCCCACCGCAGUGGACUUGAGGUUACUUACAGACAUGAAUGGCUGACUUAGUUGGUGCACAACGAUCACUGCCAGAAAUGGAAGUGAUUAUUACACGACAGGGCUCUAAAUGAACACCAGCCAACCGGCCAAAUGCUGGUGAGAUUUCAGUUUCAGGCUUGUAGAAAAGACCAACUUACUAGCUACUUAGAAGACCCAUUAGUUAGUGUGUGUUUGUCUAGUAAGAUUAAAAGCUAGCAGCCAUUUUGGCUGGUGGUGAAAAAAAAGUUAAUUUAGGGCCCUGUUACACGCACAUGUUGACUUAAGACCAGUGCGCACUCACAGGCAGAGUAACCGUGAGCCUCUCGUAAGAGACGACAACUGCACUACUGCACAAACAUGAAUAAGGACACCUCAGAAUUUAACAGGAAAACCAAAAGCAAGAGUGACGACACACUUGGAUGUGGAAACCAGUCUUGUCGUACAGCAGACCUGUUAAAGUGAUGUCAUCACAACACGACGCCUGGUUCUUAUGCCAAAAAUCACUUUAAGCUUUAACAUGGCCUUUUUGUUCCAUAAUCAAUACUUCUAAACUCUAUAGGUCACUGAUUAUUCUGGGAUGUUUUUGCUUGACACGUUCUAUCUGCUUUCUCCUCGUUGCCUGAUUAAAGGUUGAUAAUGACUUUUGCUAACCCCGACUAGUCCCGUGCAGGUGAGAGUGCUAAUCUUGGACUCAGGUUAAGUGAUAAGCCUGGGACGACGUUUAUAGCACCGCAUACAUGUCUUGUUGCAGACAUGUAUAUGGCAGCUGCUGGCCUGUUUGUAAGGUCAAGUUUAGAGAGUGGAAGAAAAAUCGCGACAUGGCAAAGUGAUAAACCUGAGUUAGUUCACCUGCAGGAAGUGGUAAAGCUGCAAUAGACGGCCUGCAGGAGUCAUUUCAUUAACAAACUCCAGGCUCUUUUAUUAGGUGAUUUACCACUACCUGCAGGUGAACUUAACCUGGUUCACUACUAAACCACACUCUUGGAAUACCCUUGAGCUACAGCAAAGUUAGGCAUACAAUGUUGUUACAGCAGUUUGUAAACCAGCCUGCCUUUUUUUAGAAUCACACUUCACUGCCCAAAACAUGUUCUGACAAUCCAGUGUGUUGAUUUUAACGAGGCACCUGUGGUCUUUGGUGGGCGUAGGCUUGACUUGUACACCGAUCUCUGUAGAGACUUGCAAUAGGAACAACGCAGUAGGGUAAGACCAUUGGGAAUACACAUUACACCCACAGUUGCGUCCUCAAAAUGAGGCUUUUGCACACCUCUGUAGUGGGACAGUUGUGUAGGAUAUUAAUCCCUGUGGGGUUGUUGUUCAAGGGUACAGAAAUCCCGCACACUGUCCAUUCCACCAACAAAAUUGAAUUAACUUAUAUUAAAAUUUGUUAGUGGAAUGGACAGUGUGCAGGGUUUCUCUUUACAUUUGAAUGGCAGCCCUCAGUUGCGUCCGAACUCAGUGGUGUAGUCUACUUUUUUGAAGUGGGUAUACUGUCUAUUCAAGUAUUUUUUGAAGUGGGUAUACUGUAUAUAUUUAUGCUAUUCUAAAUAAUGGAUCAAUUCAUUUUAAGUGGGUAUACUGAAGCCCCUAAAAUGUUGAAGUGGGUAUACUCCGUAUACCUGCGUUCUAUGUAGACUACACCACUGUCCACACUGCCAUAGUAUUCCAAUGGUGGCUCCUUGCUGAGUCUGGGCUUUAUCCAGAGUUCAUGGUCACACCUUUAUUUAGGAGCGGUGCCUUAUGAAUGAAUAUCUGUAGUGUAUGUCACUUUACUUGCCUUCACUAAAGUGCUUUUUUUUCUUUCUCAGGAUUUUAUAGUUCAACAAAUAUAGCCUUACACACUUAAGUUUUAGUCAUAGACGGUUAUCAGUGUAUGGAAUGUUUUAUCAGGUUUCUUCUAUAAAUAGUUUGACAAAAUAAAGAGUACAAUAUAUCUGUAAAAAUGCACUGCUUUUAAGUUGACCAUAUAUUACAUGCAUAUUAUAGCCAUUCAUGUUCUGCGUCGUGUUUUUUUCCCCUGCAUCUUGCUGUUCUGUUUCUGAUCAAUGUUUGCGUUGAGGCAUUUUCACAUUGACAUAUUUGUAUUUAUGUGGCUGUUUUAGGAAUAGUAUGAUUGUGAAUAGUAUGAUUAUGAAGUACUGCAGUACUCCACUGAAAACAAAUGGACUGUUCAUGCAUGUUGAGAUUUUAUUUUGAAGUACAAAUGGAUUGUUUGUAGUUUGAUGAUGUUCAACAGUCACCAGCCUUUUCUACAAUGUUAUCAGAAAUGAUCUUCUGGUCAAAUAGCCUAACAUCAGUGUCUGUGUGAUGGUAUGUUUCAGUUCAAACUUUGAUGAGGUCAGGUGAAAAAAAUCGUACUGCCUUUGACACCUUUGUAUACCUUUGUAGUACAUUUUAAAUCACACGUCUGGACUGUCAUGGUCCUUUGACCAGUUUGUCACUUUGAGCAGUUUAAAAGUUAUUUUUUUUCUCUCUUUUUCAACCGUGUAUAUUUUUAAUAUUAUGUAGUUAAUACACCUCUGUAAAAUACCUGUAUGUACAUUAUACCAAAAUAAAAUGAAUGAAUGUG